AUAUUUUAUUAAUAUCCUCCGGGCUUCACCGUUCUCCGCCAAUUCCCAAUCUCUCUCUAAUUUUUCUCCAUAGCUUUUUUAAAAACCUCAAUAUCCCUUUAUCCACCAUAACCCUCCGACACUAGGGUUAGGGUUUUUUCCACUUCUUCUUCUUCUUCUUCUUCUUCUACUACUACUACUUUCCCUUUUCAAUUUUUUUUUUCCAUUUCCUUCCUUCCUCUAAUCUCUGCAACCGUUUGUUCACUCGUUGCUUUUCUUUUUUCGAUUUACUUUUCUCGAUCUCGAUCUGUGCUUCUCUUCAAUGGAUAUGCGCAAGCGAGGGAGGCCCGAAGCUGCCUUCAAUUCUAAUGGUUCAUUUAAGAAGCAUAAGCAAGAAUUGGAGUCCUUAUCAACUGUAGGGAGCAAAUCGAAGCCAUGCACCAAGUUUUUCAGUACUGCUGGUUGCCCAUUUGGUGAAAGCUGCCACUUCUUGCACUACGUUCCUGGUGGUUAUAAUGUUGUAGCCCAAAUGAUGAAUCUUGCUCCUGUUGGUGCUCAACCAUCUAGAAAUGUAGCUGCCCCACCUUCUGUCACUAAUGGCGGGUCCUCUGCCCCAUCCCAAGUCAAAACUCGCAUGUGCAACAAGUUCAACACUGCUGAAGGCUGCAAGUUUGGUGAUAAAUGCAAUUUUGCCCAUGGAGAGUGGGAACUCGGGCGGCCUAAUCCUCCAUCUCACGAUAAUCCUCGUGCUAUGGGAGGAGGUGGAGGUGGAGGUGGAGUACAUAUGGUUGGUCGUAUGGGUGGGCGAAUGGACCUGCCACCACCGGGUCCUGCUGCAAGCUUUGGCGCUUCAGCUACCGCAAAGAUCAGUAUAGAUGCCUCACUUGCUGGAGCAAUCAUUGGCAAGGGUGGGAUCAACUCCAAACAGAUUUGUCGCCAAACGGGUGCGAAACUCUCCAUCAGGGACCAUGAAUCGGAUCCAAAUCUGAGGAACAUCGAACUGGAGGGCACUUUUGAGCAAAUCAAUGAAGCAAGUGCAAUGGUGAGGGAGCUUAUUAUCACAGUUUCGAUGGCAGGACCGGGUAAAGCAUCUGGCGGGAUGGGAGGAGGUCCUGCACCAACAGGUAGCAACUAUAAAACAAAGCUAUGUGAUAAUUUUGCAAAAGGUUCUUGUACUUUUGGUGAGAGAUGCCAUUUUGCGCACGGGGCUGCUGAGUUACGCAAGUCUGGAGUAUGAUUAGGUCCCCGAUUUUGUCUAGUUUUUAUUAAAAAGGAAGUUUUGCAUUGAAGCGUUCAAUCAACACGGGUGCGGUAUUUGUAGUUGGGUUCGGGUUUGGGUUCGAGUUUGGGUUCUUAUGUUGUAGCUUUAUGAGAGUAUCACCUUGGCAUUCCUUGAUUAGGAGAUAAUUAAGUUAUUAAUUCUUAUGAUUGCUAAUCA